GGGCUGAUAGUAUCGUUAUCAAAUUGGCAUUCGGCGAUCCCCGAACCCGACGACAGCAAUAACAACUAACAAGUUACGACGACCGCCCGUCGUCCAUCUCCCAACUUCCAGAGUCCCGGACCAGACGUGGGGCACCAUGAACACUGUACAACAUCGGCCGGCAAGUCGACUACUUUCCGCGUGACUCAUGCGUCGUCGUUACGGUAUGAGUCACGGACAGAUGACGAAAAAAAUGUCCAUUUGCACGAUUAUUUGCAACUCUGGCAAAGUCCUAGAUAAUUCGUCGUCAAAAACUAUAAACAAUCGUACAAAACAUAAUAUUAUGGACAACGUAUGGCAUAUAAUUAGACGUCGUUUUUUGUUAAGUCUGUCUGUUCUAUCGAACACGAAUAAUAUGAUGAAAACGACGCAUCUUCUAUGAAGGAUAUUGUUGUUACUUUUAAACUUUCAAAAUGCUACAGUUACAUCAAAACGGUUCGACAAAUAAUGGUUACACUAACUGUAUUGCUAGAGCCAUGUAUGAUAACAUUGCUGAAGCACCUGAUGAAUUAGCAUUUAGAAAAGAUGAUAUAUUAACAGUAUUAGAACAAAAUACAGCUGGUCUUGAAGGAUGGUGGUUAUGUUCAUUAAGAGGCCGUCAAGGGAUAUGUCCUGGAAAUCGCUUAAGACUAAUACCAGGUGUUUAUGAAGUCACUGAACCUCAAAUUAUAUCAACUUGUAUCCAAGAUAAAAAUCAUUUCAUUCAUGAAAGCAAGCAUCAAAGUUGGCAUGGAAACCUGAAUACAGUGACAUCACAGCAGACAUUAGGUGAUCUCCUUACAUAUGAUACUCCUCAAAAAACUAUUGAUUCUAAUGGAUAUAAUAUUCCACCUACCAAUCAUACAUUAGACCGACUAACAAACGAUUUUGCAAAACGACCACUCAGUAUUGGUAGCAGUAGUGGAUGCUGCAGUGAUAGCUAUGACCCUCUUCCAAACCAACAUCCUCUUGUUUCAAAAGAAAGCUAUGAUGUACCAAGACCACUGAAUAUGCAAGUAACUCCUAGUAGUUCAAUCAGUUCAUUAUCAACUGGUGGCAUUUGUAGUAGUACAAGUGGAAGUGAAUCUAAUCGGUCUAGUAGUAUUGGACUAGAUUAUGAUGUUCCUAGAAACCGAACAUUAGUUUCUUUACCAUCUGAGUUACAGAAUUUAACUAUUAGUAGCCAGGAUUACGAUGUUCCAUCAAAUAGUUUACAACCUAAAGAAUUAUCCAUAGAUUUAAACUAUGCAUUGGAUUGCUUAGAUAAAUUAACAUCAGAAGUGUCUUCUAAUACCACUCAACUAUUAAAUUAUGCCGGACCCAAUUGGAGAAGUCAAAAAAAUUUAGAAGCUAAUCUGGUCGAUAUAAAAAUUAUAUCUUUACGACUUAAAAAUAGUUUACGCCAAUUUAUUGAAUUUUCAGAAGGAUGUCUAGGAAAUGCAAUUAAUGCUUGUGAUAAAGGGAUUUCAACUAAACUUCAUCCAUUAGUAUUUGAUUUAAUUAAAACUGAUAAAAUGAUAUGUUAUUCCACAAAUGCUUUGGAUUGUCUUGAUUGGAAACCACAAGUAUUAUACAGAGAUUUAAACAAUGAAUGUGAAUAUUCUGAAGAUGCUUUGGAUAAGCUAAUUUCGUGUGCCAAAUUAUUAACUGAUGACAUUCGUCAGGUCACAUCAUUUAUUAAGGGUAAUUCAACUUUAUUGUUUAAAAAAAAAAUAAUUUCUGAUGACGAUGAAGAAGAUGACGAUUAUGAAUACAUAUGUGAUGAAAAUGGCAAAAAGCCUAGUAUAAGUAGUGCUUCCAUUAAAAAUGACAAUUCUUCUUCUGAAAUUUCUACUAAAGAUAAAAAUAUAUAUAAUUACUACAGUCAUCAAAUUGUCAGUCAAACUGAUUUAUUAACUAGUCACAUUAACAAUUUUUUACAUAUUGUUAAAGAAAACCGCCCACCACCAGUAUUUGUUAUGAAAGUAAAGUAUAUAAUAUUAAUUGCACAUCAAUUAGUUGUUGUUGGUGAUACAAUAUGUCGAAAUGUUCAAGAGUCAACUGUAAAGAAUCAUGUGGAACAGUGUACAAAAGCUUUGUCUGCAGGUAUUUUGGCAGUAGUUCAAAAAUCUAAAGUAGCCACACAGUUAUUUCCCAGUGUAACUGCUGUACAAGAAAUGGUAGAUUGCGUUGUAGAAAUCUCACAUGUAGUGAAUGAUCUGAAAGUAUCUGUCUUAAAAACAAAAUGAAUCGUAUGUAUGUUUGAAUUCUAUUUGAUCCCUUGCUCAGUAUUUGUACUGGAAUUUAUAGCAAAUGGUCAACUAUUAUACUUCAUUUUAACUAACAAUGAAAAUGGUAUGAGUAUUAGGUGACUGUAAUAUGAAUAAAUUAAAUGUUAUAUGAAGUUCUUAAUUUCUAUUAAGUAAUUUAUUUUUAAUUAAUUAAUAAUCCAUUAAAAAAUAAAAAAAAUAUAUAACAAUUAUUUGCAAUAAAAAAAUCACUUAAUUUGGAGUUGAUGAACUAUUAAUAUCUGUGUGAAAUAGUAUGCAUUGAUAAUAUGAACUCAAUAUAUUUUAGAUUUUAUAUAUCUUAUAAUAACUAUACAUUAUUUCUGAUCAAAACAAUUUUUACACUUGUACUAAUGGACAAAGGUAACCUAUACUUUUCUACAACUGAUAGAUGCUUUACAUAAAAAAAAAUCCUCAUUGAUUCCUUCUCCUGCAUUUAAUAUCGAUAUCAAAUUCCUUAACAUUUAUUAAUAACAGCUUACUUAUAUAUUUGAUAAAGCAAUAUUAAAAAUAGUUAAAAUUGAUUGGAAUUAAGAUAUUGUUUUUUUAAUAAGAAUAAUUGUUAAAAUAUAGCAUGGUAUGAUGUAGUGUUUGGUUGCAGUCACUAAAUAGUGCUUUGGGUUCUUAGCAAAGAAGCCAUGCUUCAUUUACAGAAACAGAUGUUCCAAAAACCUAAGGUACCCUAUAAUAAAUUUAAAAUAAAAUUAUAAAUGUUAUGCAUAACCUAUACUAAACAUAGACAGUAUUUUUUUUUAAUUCAAUGACAGACAUUCUGAAUAUUGAAAUCAUUUAAAUUAUAAAUCGACAAUAAUUAAUUCAUAGAAAUAAAACUUUUUAACAUAUAGUAUACUUUUCAUUUUUAAAUUAUUUGUCUAUAAGUUUAUGUUUAAAUUAAAGAAAAGUUAUGUUAAUUAAUAUGUCCAUUUUAAACAGUCUGCUCAAAUAAUUUUUGAUGUUGAAAUACAAAAAUAAAUUUAAAAAAAAAAGUAAUUAAAUGUCCACUGCCCACUGUAUUGUGAUGCUAGGUAAUUUAAUUUGUGAAUUUUGUUACUGACAAAUAAUUGUAUGCAAUGCAACAUAAUAAAAUAAUUAUAGUCUAAUCCAUGAGUAUGGCACAUGGACAAGUUUUUACUAGAUUACUAACGCCAGCCAAUAAUCCAAAAUUUAAUUGUUCAUAUUUUUAUUAAAAAUUCUUAAAAAGUAAAAUUUGCAUAUUAUAGUAUUUUCAGUUUAUUCAUUAUUAAACAUAACUACAAUAAAUUGUUUUAAGUAUGGAGAAAAUAUAUUAUAUUCAAUUUAAAUGUCUAUUUCAUUUCCCUAAAUAACAAUUUACUGUAGUUAUUGUUAAAAAUUUGACUUAUUUACUAAUAAGUAUUAAAUAUAUUAUAUUUCUAUAAAACUAAGAAAUGUAAAUAUAAUUUUAUGGUUUGGUCCUCGUGGUUUUUAUAUUUUGUAGAUUUUUGAACUCUUAAUGAUUUAAAAUUUUAUAGAUACUUAAGAAUAUUUUCUCUUAAAAUAGUUAUUCAUUUUUUUUUUUUUUUUACCAUAAAACAAGUGAAACGAGGUAGCUGUGAAUUUGAUUUUUUCAAAUUAGUUUUAUUCAUUUGAAAAUCUAGUCUAUUUAUAAUUUAUUUUAACUAUGGUAUAUUUAUUAUUUUUAUAAAGAUUUAUAUUUUAAUCUGUGAUUUUGAUUUGUUCCUAUGUGUUUUUGUGCAUAAAUAUUUUUUAUUUCAAACAUUUGUACAAUAUUUGAUAAAAAUAAUUAAUGUUUAAUGAAUCUCAUUUUAUUUUUAAUUUUAAUUAAUAUUUUUAUUGUAUUUAGUUGGUAAUUAUCAAACCCCUUAUGUUCAAAUAAAAGUUUAAAAAACUUCCAAUAUAUGUAGCAUAAUUUAUAAUUGCUAUAACUUACCGCUGAUAAUUAUUUUAUUCAUUCAAAGGUUGACAUAUUUUAAUUUUAUCCAUAAAUGGUAAAUAAAUAGUGUGUUUUGAUGUAUUAUGUAUAAUUAUUAUACUAAUUAGUAUAGUGUACAACUUAUAUGGUGUUCUUAUGAACAAUAGAGUAUUUAUUUAUCGUAACAAGGUUGUGCAAUAUUUUAUAAAUUUUUGAUUUACUGUGUUUAUUAAUAAUUAUCUAAGUUAAAAUUAUAUGAAUUUAGUUUAACAUGUUAUUAUAAUUUAAGAACUUUAUCUUUUUAUAUUAGAUAGUUUAUAAUAUGAUAAAUAGGUUAUUUAAAUUGGAUCUUAAGAAGUUAAUAGAGUUAAAUAAAAUAAUCAAUAAAUAACUAAUUUUUAAUUUUUAAACAAUGUGAGUAACUUAUUAGCAUAUUCAUAAUUUUUUACUUUUAUAAUUAACAUAAAGGAAUUGUAAUACUAUUUACUUUUAAUAUUAGCUUUUUAUUUUUUUGUACUGUAGAAGUUUACUGGUAUGAUGAGGAUAUGAAAUAAUUUAACAUUCCAUAACAUAAGCAAUAUAUUUUACCAAUUUUUUAAGUAAAUAUAACUUUUCAAAAUAUAAUAAUAUUAUGUGAUGUGAUAAUACAUCAAUAAAAUUGUUGUGUAUACCAAGUAAUUUUGUUAUUUUUUAUUUACUAUUGAGCAAAUGUACUGAAAAUAAACCAUUGACUAACGAUAAAGUCAAAUAAAUAACUUACAA